GCUCACGGGCUCAUACAACUAUUAAGCGCCUCCCAAUCUCUCUAAAGAACAGUAUAAUACGUGGAACCGCCUUUUUAAACGCACUGACGACUUUGCUUCAAUUGAGCCCUAUGCGCUUUUUAAAAGGGUUAAAGUUGUAGAGUAGUUUGGGAAGCAGUUGUGACUCCAGCAGUGCGCAAUGCUCUCUCAUGCCGACCUCUUGGAUACUCGCCUCGGGAUGAAGGAUGCUGCAGCCGAGCUUCUCGUACACCGAGAAGCUUUAAAAUGCAGACUAGGGGGGACUGACUCUGGACACCCCGGCGACCUUACUUCUGCCACAGAGACUGUGGAGGGGACCACUCUGCUCCCCGGAGAAGAAAUAAGUAAUGGUGGAUCCAAUCCUAAUGGAAUGCAGCAGGUCAACGCCAAAGACCAAGAAAAGCAGCAACAGCAAAACUCCAAUCAGACGGGCGGCCAGCAAAACCAACAGAAACAGAAACGCCACAGGACCCGUUUUACUCCAGCCCAGCUGAACGAACUAGAAAGGAGCUUUGCUAAAACCCACUAUCCUGAUAUUUUUAUGAGAGAGGAACUUGCAUUAAGGAUUGGUUUAACGGAGUCACGGGUUCAGGUAUGGUUUCAGAAUAGACGUGCAAAAUGGAAGAAACGAAAGAAGACGACCAAUGUUUUCCGGGCGCCGGGCACUUUGCUGCCAACACACGGUUUGCCUCAGUUCCCGUCUGCGGCCGCGGCUGCGAUGGGCGACAGUCUCUGCUCUUUUCAUGCCAACGACACUCGCUGGGCCGCGGCUGGGAUGCCGGGGGUCUCACAGCUGCAGAUACCGCCGUCGCUGGGUCGACAGCAGGCGAUGGCACAGUCCCUGUCUCAAUGCAGUCUCGGAGCGGGUCCGCCACCAAACAAUAUGGGCCUUUCGGGCAGCUUAUCGUCAAACGGUUCCGGUCUUCAGUCGCAUCUCUAUCAACCCACAUUUCCCGGGAUGGUGCCCGCUUCCCUGUCGGGUCCAACGAAUGUUACCGGCUCUCCUCAGCUGUGUAGCUCCCCAGACAGUGACAUGUGGAGAGGGACUAGUAUCGCUUCCCUUCGCCGUAAAGCACUUGAGCACACCGUUUCAAUGAGUUUCACUUAAUCUGAGCACCCGCGAUGUCUUUUUCUGUCACUACAAACCUCAAGUAUUCCUGAAAAACAGUCAUGGAGCACUCAGGAUGCGAGGUUCUAACGAUGAAAUUACAAUUUGGCAGCCUUACUGGAUGAUGGAAUCCCAACAUACCCUCAGACAAUGCUUACAGCAAAUGUAGACUAGUGUUAGUUUUAAUGCUUGAAAUGUAUGUAAUUUAUUUAAGUGUUGGAUUCGUUCAUGUUUAUUUGUUUAUUUUUAUAGAAGUUGAUUUUAAAAAUGGGGAAUUGUUUAUUUAUUUUUGAGUAUUUAUUUGACUCUUCGUUCAUAUAUGAAUCAACAGCUGCAAGUAUAUUUAUUUCGCUGUUCAGUGAUAUUAUUUUUUAUUAAACCUACUGUAAAAGGACAAUUAUAAACGAGGACCACAUAUGUGCAUGUACAGGUUGUUUCAAGGCACAAACUACAUGUUGGAGCGAUUUUUCAGGUACAGAAAUGAACACGUUGGAUUAAGAGCCAAUUUCCAAAUAACCAGAUUCGGAUGCAUGUAAUAUUUCAAACGGGAUCAACAGGAAGUUGUUUACAAAAGCAAAAUGAACUUGAGUGUUUGUGUAGAUAAGACAAAAAAUAAUGUUAUCUGCUGGUACGUUUGUGAUAUGUUUUAACUUAUUGUCUGUGCUUAUUACUGAAAUAUGGUUUUCGUAAAUGUUUAUCUUACCAAAUUCAACAGAAUUGGGAAGGUUUAUAUCAAUGAUUGUUAAGUGGGUGAAUAAAAUCAUUUUAAGAAUU